GCGUCGUCGAACAGGCCAAGACGUUACAAAAAAUAACAUCGAGCAAAAAAGCCUGCUGACAUAAGUGCACUUAUGAUGCACUGUUGGAUACAUUUUGUCGACAGACUGCUGCUCCCGUAGUUGUUCUCAACAGCUGCGCUUUUGCGCUACUACGCGUUGGCUCGGCUCCUGUUUUCCCUUGGUACACCCUCGCCACCGCCGUCGUACGUUCGCUUUUGUACCCGUCAGGCCCGUCGCGCGACAUACGUGUUGUGUCUGAAGGUUUGUUUACAACACGGAGCCGGUCGCUAUUGUGGGCGUCCCACGAGCCGUCGAGUGCCAGGAAAGUGAAUCACCUCGCUUCUGUUAUAACAGUUGAUCACAUCAAGUUCCAGAUUACACCAUGAGCUAUCCUCCCUAUGCUCCUGCUGACGGUGGUUACCCCCCAGCUCAGCCCCACCCACCACCUAAUGUUGGUUAUGCACCGCCUAGUCCAGGGGGGUACCCUCAAGGUACCCACGGUUACCCACCACCCGCACAAGGGUACCAACCACCUGGCCAAGGCUACCCGCCGCCAAUGCAGGGUGGUUAUCCACCGGCUAUGGGCUACCCACCUCCACAGGGAGACGUGCAGUUCAUGCCAAUGGGUCCAGGAAUGCCAGUCACACAGCCACCACCAAUGGGUGCUGGUGGUUACCCUCCUCCUGGUGGAGACGGUGCACCAAUGGGGAUGUUGCCAGGUGUUCCAAGCUGCCCGCCCGGUUUAGAAUACCUCACGUCCGUAGAUCAACUGUUGAUGCAUCAAAAAGUGGAGAUGCUGGAAGCAUUUCUUGGAUUUGAAACUCAGAACAAGUACACCAUUAAAAACAGCAUGGGCCAGAAGGUCUACAAAGCUGUGGAAGACACUGAUUGUUGCUCCCGAAACUGCUGCGGUCCUAACCGCCCCUUUGACAUCAAGCUGACCGACAAUGCUGGAAACGAAGUGAUUCAUCUUCAGAGGGAUCUGCGCUGUAGUUCCUGCUGCUGUCCAUGCUGCCUGCAGAAGCUUGAAGUGUCAUCACCUCCAUACACCCCUAUCGGAUAUGUGAUCCAAGAAUGGAGCAUCCUCACACCCAAGUUCCGAGUGGAAAAUGCAGAGGGGGAGUGCGUGCUGAGGAUUGAGGGCCCCAUCUGCACCUGGAGUAUCUGUGGAGAUGUCGAGUUCAAGGUGCUGUCAAAGGAUGGUGCCGUAGAAGUCGGCCGCAUUAGCAAGCAGUGGUCUGGGCUGCUGAAAGAAUCUUUCACCGACGCGGACAAUUUUGGCAUCAGUUUUCCCAUGGACUUGGAUGUUAAAAUGAAGGCUGUCCUGCUUGGAGCACUUUUCCUGAUCGAUUACAUGUUCUUUGAAAAGUCUGGGAACAAGGAGAAUGACAGACCCGGCAUGCUGUAGUACAUCACCGGGAAGCAGCUGACUGUGGAUCCACAUGUCCUUGCUUUUGCUGUAUGCCACGUGUGGAGCAUGUCCUCGUGCCACCAUAUUGACCAUGUACUGUUAUCGUUCCUGUUUUUCGAAUCUUCCUCCUUUUUUUACCCAUUUCCAGAACUACGCUUAGAAACUUUCCUGUUGUACAUGUACAGUUGUCGUCUAGUCUAAACACAGGUUGACUUUGCAUUUUUAUCCAUUCUUUUUGGCGAGGUUCCAGGCUAUCGACUGCAGGAUGUUCAGCACAGAUUUACGUAUAGCACUGCACUCCUGUUGACAAUUUUGUUACUUGCAGUUGUUGCAUUUUGGUGUAGCAAAUUUUUCAUUUUCUUCCUAGGUUUCAAUUACCUUUAAUCUAUAACCACACACCUUCGUACUUUUAUAUACGAUGUGGUAAUGGAAUGUGUUCAGACGCACAAACUAGUCCGAUUGCUGUGGUUUCGUGUGCUCCAUGACACUUCCGUGCAUGUCAAGCCAACACGAAAGUCUAGCAGCCCUCUGGCUGGUUAGUUUUUACUUAUUUCGGUGUUGAGCUCAUAUUCUUAGCUUUUUCAAGUAGCACAGACAUGCUUCUGUUGCAGUGAUCAGUGAGGUUGUGAAGUUGACUUACUAAAAGUUUAGUUGGA